UUGUUAGUUAUGUUUAAAAAUGUAAACAACAUGAAAUUAUUUUGAGCACCUCACAUUUCUGUUGAUUUACUCAUGGAGGAAAGAAAAAAAUACAAGAUUUAUCGCAUUUUUUGUAAUUUUUUAUAAAAACGACUGUUCCACGCGAUUGCUUGAUUGUGCACCCAAGUGAGACAAAUUAAUGCAUGCAUUGCUCGGCACAUUUCAUCUUCAGCAUCUUAGCAGCUCAUUUUCCUGUUACAUCAAAUAUUUAGCAUAAAAAAUUAUAAAAGGUCAAAUAGAAGAGCAUUAGAGGAUACCAUUCAAUGUUGUUUUUACACGAUGUUCUGUGAGAAAUUAUGGGCAAGCUAUUAUGGCGACUGGUACUAUAUACAGUCCUACUGUGUUCGCUGUUAGUAUUUGCAGUUGACCGAAAAAGAGACGAAUUAGAUGAAGAUACGUCGUUAGUAAAACUUCUCUCCACCCCGGAGGAUAAAACAAACACUACGGAUGAACGAGUUCAACAAGUAGAAAAAAACAUUAACGGAGGAGGGUUCAUUGGUGAUGAAGUCCCAAUCAAAUUACCUUCCACAGACUUUCAAGCUAACGACCCUUUAAAUGCUUAUGAAGCAGGGAUUGAUGACAAAAUUAAUUCUAUUAGUCAUGCUGACGAUAAUGCAGCCCAACCAAAGGAGAACGAUGACGUAAAUAUACAAGGUUACGAAGUUGAAGACAAAACUUCUUCUUUACUAGCAAAACUACCUACAGAUGAUAAUGCUCAGAAGCGGGAAGAAGAGCGUUACGAAGCUACCAUUAUGAAUCCAAACCCGCGCCCGCGUUUAAAGGCAGUAAGUCAAGACACCACGGAAAGUUUUAUUAAUACUGAUAUAACAGAUUUAAACCAAGCGGAAAGACACAUGGAAAUGGAAGAAGGUGAUGCUGGAAAAGAAACAAACGAUACUGAUAAAGCAAAUGAGACAAUACAAACAGACGUAGGGAAUAAAGGCGAAAGUAACGUCAAUAAAGUCGACAAAGACGAGAAAGAUUCGACAAAUCUAAAAGAUCAAGGUAAGGCCAUCAGUGAAUUCACAUCAACAGAGAGUCAAGAGUUGCUCGAACCUCACCAUGGACUCGAUAGCAAGAAUGACGACACGUUAGUUUUAAACGAAGAAAAACUUUUAAGUAAAAGAUUAAAUUUUUUAAAAAGCAAAAUUAAGCUAAGACAAGAAUUGAGAAAGGAUAAACAAACAAAACAGCUGUCAGAAGUAGCCGGAAACGUAACUUAUCAACCUAAUCCUACUAAAACUAAAUACGUAAUGCAUCGCAUAGACUUACCUGCAAAUAGCGAGAAUAGCGAAAUGACUUCAAAACAGGGAGAUAACCCUUUGGGUUCACCCCAGAUUUCGAGUAAUAAACUUAGUACAUUUGGUUACGAGCGCAACGAAACUACGGUGGGAAAAGCACGUCAACAUCUUCAACUGGGAUUAAAAAAAGAAUUAUUUGCUUUUUCGUACGAUACACAGUCACCCUUUGGACCACCAUCCUGGCAGACUUUAAAUCCGGAGUGGACAUGCUCUGGGCGUAAACAAUCACCAAUUAACAUAGACAAUAGGUAUAUUAUGGACGAUCAGAUAGUUAAAAAUACCAUUGUUAAGGUAUUUCCUUCCAAUGCCCCUCUAACUGGCUUGUUGCGGAAUAACGGGCAUGCGCCGACGUUAUCAUUAUCCAAUGAAGUUUCAGUAAAAUUAUUUGGCGGGAGUUUAAAGAAUGAUUAUUAUUUGAAGCAAAUGCAUUUUCAUUUUGGUUGUAAUUCUUUGGUAGGAUCGGAGCAUCAUAUUGAUGGCGGAACCUUUCCAAUCGAGGUCCAUCUGGUGUUUUGGGAUAAUUCAACAUUUGUGUCAUUUCCUGACGCUGCGAAAGCAGAUCGAGGUAUCGCAGUGCUUGCUGUGUUGUAUCAGGUGGAAGCAGUUCCGUACACUGAAAUAAAGAACACACCUAUGUGGCAGGUCACGCAGGUAUUACGUCACGUCCAGGAAGAAGGUGACGAAAUAACAAUUAAUGAAGAAUUUAACUUCAGAUUAGAGAAAUUAAUACCAAAUGUGAUAAAUCUUGAUCAAACAGAUAGAUUUUUCACUUAUGAAGGUUCCUUAACAACACCAGGUUGCUACGAGUCUGUAACUUGGAUUGUAUAUGCUACUCAUCCACCAGUUACCGAGAACCAGCUUCAAAUUUUUCGUAAUUUAAAGUCAACAAAAGUUGGCUCGACGGGUUUCAUGUGCGAUAACUACAGACCAGUGCAGAAAAAACAUGGACGGAGAAUAUAUUCGAACAUUGUGUGAACGCAAGACCGAUUGGUGGAUGUUCUAGCGAAAGAGAGGCUACAUUCAAAAAUGGAUUUUCGUCUCUCCUUUGACGGGAUGAUUUAAAAUACAUGAAAACAAAUGAGCGACCACGUGCACCCAUGAGCAGUGAAUCAACACAUAUACAAUUUGUAAACAUGUAUUAAUUACUGUACGCGCACUGUGGUGAACUUUAUCGAUGCUGCAUGAUAUAAACAAUUUGAAAAAUAAUUUUAUAGAUGUUCUUUAAUGUAUUCAGAAUUUUGUAGAUAUAUUUAUACGCAAUAUAGAAUAUAGCAAUUGAACUUAAGGGUUUGAAUACAUUAUGUAAAAAUUAAACGUAUAAAAAACAUUAAUAACACGGACUUAUAAUAUUUUUUUAAAAAAAAACACACAGAAAAAACAUUAUUAGGAGACCGAGAUGU